UUUGUAAAAAAUAUGUAACAUUACCAAUUUACUUUAAUUUACCAUUAUUUUCUUAGUUCUAAGUGAUUGUGAGUUUGUGACUUCAAAUGUUCAUUGUUUAUACCUAAUACCAAUCACUAAUCAGUGCAAAAUGAACUUGGCGGAUCCAGAGCUCGAAUUGAUCGAUCCCACACCGAAUAUUCAUUCGCUUUUCAUGAACUUCGACAAAACAUUUUUCUGGUCUAAAUUAGCUGCCGGGGCCGUCGUCCGAUGGAGCAAGCGCAUGUAUUCGUGUGCUGGUGUGUGCUCAUAUGAGGGUCGCGGAGGCCUCUGUGUUAUAGCCCUGAGUGAGCCCCUGUUGAAGCUGCGUCCGCGCAAGAACUUGAUAGAAACCCUUCUUCAUGAGAUGAUCCAUGCUUAUUUGUUUGUGACGGGUAACGACCGUGACCGUGAUGGCCACGGACCCAACUUCCAAUCCCAUAUGAGGAGGCUUAAUCAAGCCAUGGGAGUAAACAUCACUAUCUACCAUGAUUUCCAUGAUGAGGUGAAGCUGUAUCAAACCCAUGUGUGGAGAUGUGAUGGCCCGUGUCAACACCGGAAGCCAUACUACGGCAUAGUCCGCAGGUCCAGUAACCGUGCACCAAGCAAUAAAGACUUUUGGUGGCACGACCACAAGAGAAUGUGCUCAGGCACAUUUAUUAAAAUAAAAGAGCCUGAGAAAGUAGUAAAGGCCAAGGCAGCACCAAGGGCUAAACCUAAACCUAUGGGAGACAUUUCAAAGUACAUCACAAACAAACCUAAAUGUGGAUGCAAAUGUGGUUCUGGGUGUUCCUGCAGUGGGAAUACUAAAAGUAAUGGAGGUGGUACUAUUCUGGUUAACCCAAAAACUGUCAAUAUAAAGACAGAAAAUGAACCCAAACUGACCCCAUAUACUGGAAAAGGACAUGUUCUUAUAGGAGACAGGCAGAGGACCCAGUCAGUAGACUCAAUAGAAGAAACUGUCAGAAGCGUCUGGCUCAAGAAGCAGGAAACAAUCAACAAAGCUACAAAUACUAAAGCAAUAGAGGAUGUUUCCCGCAAAGUUAAAGAAGUGUGGUCUAACAAGCAGAUGUUCAUCACAAGUAACACAAAAACUGCAGCCAAGAAACCUUCCACUACCAAAUUCGAGUCUCCACCUGCAAAAAUGAAUAGAAUUGAUAAUUAUUUCAAAAGUAAUUCCCCAACUCAAUCAAAAAGUAAUACACCUGUUGCAAAAACUACUACAAUUAAAAGUAAUGAAGAUUUGCCGAGCCAUGUCAACUGCCCGGUGUGUAGUCUGAGAGUGCUCGCUGCUGAAAUAAACCGCCAUGUUGAUGAAUGUUUGAACAAGGAAGCAAUAGAAAAACUAUUCGAGACUGGAAACCAUUUACCCUAUGAAGACACAAUCAUAAAAAGUCAAAACAAUCUACCUAAAGUACCUGAAAGAAAACAUAAAAUAGAUCUUACAAUACCACCAUAUAAGCCAAAGACAAAUAUCUCUGUUUCUAGUGAUAGUAAAAAUAUGGAAGCAUAUCUGAGAGAUUUCAUGAAAGAGGUGAAUUUACCACAACCUGAAUUCAAGGUGUCUGAAGUGACUGUGGCAGGGAUGGUGCAGUUUGUUGAUGAACUCAACAACACCACUGUCCAUGUGGUUGAUGACGACUUCAGCGCCAAAAUACAGAAGUGUCCAUGUUGUGAGCUGAAGAUUUACAAACCUAUGGAAGAACAUUUGGAAGAGUGUUUAGCCUUUUUCAAUAGCAAUGAACGUCCUAUGGAAGGAACGUCAUCUAGUCACCGUCAUGUUGUUCAGACUAUAGAGAUUGAUGAUGAUGACGAUGAUGGCGGUGAUUUGGAUGAAAGUUUUACAAUGAAUGGAACAGGAACCAAGACUCCGUGUCCUAUAUGUCUAGAGAUGGUGGAACAGAAUGAUAUGAAUGAUCAUCUGGACCUGUGCCUUGCCUAGGUGUGGCUGUCUCAAGUGAGUUUUUGUUAAGUUUUUUUUUGUAAUAAUUAAGACUGUUAUUUCACUUUUUAUUUGAACUAUGUAAUCUGAAAUGCAAGCUGAAUAAUCUAAUUGCGUGUGUUGUCGAGUAUGUAAAUGUUAUUUAUUAUUUUUCUAUUA